AUGAAGCUGGCAAGGGGACCUUAUCGUCCUUACAUUUCGCAGAAUGUGCUAUCGCAGCUGCUAACUGAGCGUAUAUCCAAAGUCGACUACUUUUUUGCUUCCAUGCUUUUUCUCUCCUUUUUAGUUCGCCAAUAUUUAAAGUUUGAUGAAUUAUUGGGACCUAGCGACUCUGAAAGUGACAUACUGAAAGCGCUCGAUCAUUACAAAAGGAAUGAAUUCUUUCUUUCGACGUCACCCCCACUAGGAAUUCAAUUCCUAUACGCCCUUUCGAAUGUGUGUGGGGGCGUAUCCAUUAAAUUACUGAGACGCGUUUCGGUUUCAACAGGAUCGCUUACAAUCUCACUGAUAUACCUCUCACUUAGAAAAUCGAAGGUAUCAAGAAUAAUUUCCUUGGCUAUUAGCUUCAUGUUUUCUCACCUUCCUUUGUUUGAGGAUGAGGCACGUUCCGCAUCCUUGAAUAUUCUCGAAAUGAUGUUCCUUUCCCUCACUUUAUUCGCCUGGUUUUCAUUCGAACAAGCACAGAGUUUUACAAAAGGCUGGCUCUCCAAACUUAUUAUUUUGGGAUUGAGCAUUGGUUUCUUGAUUUCAACGAAAACCAUUGGGUUUAUAACAUGGUUAUGGAUAAUUAUCCUCUGUUUAAAACAAAUGUGGGAUAUCAUUGGUGACUUGCGAUUCUCUAACAAGGAAAUCUUAUAUCAUGGAUUUCUAAGAUUCAUUGCCCUUAUUCUAAUGCCACUGAUGAUAUUUACGUCCAGCUACUAUCAUCAUAUUUCCAUUUCAUGCAAUCACAGUCAAGUGUUUUCCAGCUUUAUGUCCCCAUAUUUUAAGGCAAAUCUCCUCCCAGAAAGUCUCCCCCCUCCAGACAUUGUGUACUAUGGAAGCAGUGUUCUUAUUCGCCAUCAAAAAUCACUCGCAGGAUAUCUGCAUUCUCAUAAUUACACAUAUCGUGGUGGGUCUCAGGAACAGCAAGUUACUUUAUAUGACUAUGCAAAUGAUGCAGAUAACGAAUGGAUUAUUGAGCCCGAAAACGAAGACAAGGCAUCUGUUAAUGGUACACUUCGUGAACCAAUUCCUGUUAAGAACAAGGAAUUCAUCAAACUCAGACAUCGCGUGUCAGGGAAACUACUUAGAUCAUCGAAUGCAAAACCUCCCGUGAGUGAACAAGACUAUGACAAAGAAGUAGCAUGUACCGGAGAUUCAGAGUAUAAAGGUAACGCCGAUGAGCUUUGGCGUAUAAAGUUCAUACGAGGGAAAACGGGUUACCGUGAAUCUCUUUCUCCCGUCAUUAUUGAGUUUCAACUAGAGAAUAAAGGCCAAGGCUGUACGCUUUUGAGUCACGACUUGAGACUCCCCGAUUGGGGAUUUGAACAGCAGGAAGUUUUAUGCGUUGACCCACCGACCUUGGAACGGACCUUAUUUUACGUGGAAAGAUCGAAUUUGUAUAGCAAGCCAGGGGCUUUUCUCAGAUAUCCCCGCGAGUGGUCUGUCAUUCGAUUUGCCAAACUUUUUGUGGAGUAUCUUCUCAAGCAGAUCAAGUAUGAUUACUAUGUCAAAAAUUACAAACAAACUGGAGAUGUUCCAGUAGAGCGGUGGAUUUGGUUUACACAUACAACAAAUUUUGAGAACAUGUUAUGGUUGUCGCCACUUCUCUGUUCGUUAUUCUUCGUGCUGGUUGUGCUCCAUGACUUGACUACUUGGAACCCAUGGUCUCCCAGCAACGAAGUCAUUUCAUGCAAUAAGUAUUUAUACAAAGAAAAUUGCAUGAAGUCAUUUCUAGGCUGGCUUUUGCAUUAUCACAUUUUUACCAAAAGCAAGCACGAAAAUCUAUACUUGGUCCAGUAUCUACCAAGUUACCUCCUGAGCCUUUUUCUGGCCGCACAUUCAUUAAACUUUUUGUGGUGUCAUGGAAGAUUCAGUGCGUUAAUUUCCGCCUCUAUCCUCUGUUUCAUGUUAUGUGUGUGUAUGUUGCGCCUCUGA